UCCUUUUAAUGUAGCAGGCAUGAAAUGAAAGCGCGAAUCUGACGACUUGAAAAAACUAGAUAUCUUCAAGUUUGUCCUGAUAUCCGCCAGCGGUGGAAAGGAUGGACCCCGGUUUUUACAAUAGGGGUGAAUCCUCAUUUGAGGCAAUGUUGGAUUCUGACCUGCCAGAAUCCAGGCCAGAUGAAAAGAGUAAUAUGUUCCGCCGUCGCAGUGCUGGGAUCAACCUACAAAAGUCUAUACACAUGUUAGAUGAGGCAGUAGGAGCAACAUCCAGCACAGCACGUGGUCCUCGCACACCUCGCAACACGCUUCUCAAGUACAGCACAUACACCCCGACACAUGUGUCCACCUCCGAGAAGUACGAUGUGUCCCAUGUGUUCACACCAACACCAAGGAAAGGUGGUCAGAUGGGCCAGGAUUCCUUUAAUUCAUCACUGUCAAUGAUUCGACCAACACCAACAAAACUGGGUGCAGAUAUGUUUGACAUGACAGAGGAGGUAACCAGCACCAAUCUGGCACUGCUCUUGGAGGAUGAUCCCGGCAUGGCAGCUUCUGCAGGACUCUAUCGGGACUUUGAGCAGUGCAUGAAACAUAACUCGGGUCAGAACAGUGUCCUUGACCUUCUGCUGGACUAUGAGAACGUUUGCUCCGACCAGGUCACCAUCCUUAGAAAACUUGUAAUCAGGGCAUCCAAGCAACAAGACAGAUUCAAGCGUACAUUCGACACAUUUGAGUUGUUGGACAAGGAGAAGAUGACUUGGCAGCUGGUGCGGUCACUGUACCGUGACCGCCUGGAGUGGGGUGUGACGGGGUCAGAAGACGAGGAGGACAUGAUGGUGGAUAAACCUGCCCCUGUGUCAAGUCCAAGUGAAUCGAACAUCAUGAAGAUGUUGUUUGAGAGGGACAGCACAGUGAGGCAGAGUCAGCUGGUUGUGGACUGGUUGGAGAACUGUGCUGAGGACAGCCUGUCCAUGUUGGCUGACAACGUCAAGUUCUUCUCGGAUCAGGCCGUUGCAUGGGAGAACACUCUUCACCAGCUUCAGAACAAGGCCCGGGGAGUCCCCACCACCAGUGACCGACCCCUGGUGGACCAGCUGGACCCGGAUGCCCCAAUACGUCAGAAUAAGAUCCUUGACGACCUGGACAAGGAGGACGAGACGAGGCUCUUGCAGCAUCUGUUUGCCUGUAUCAGGGCCGGCCAGCUGGACAAGGCACAAGAAGUAUGUCAGACAUGCGGUCAGUCAUGGCGAGCGGCAACACUAGAGGGCUGGCGCUUGUUUCACGACCCCAACUAUGAGGGUCUGGGUCAAGACGGUCAGAUCGGCUCAGUGCAGGGCAACCCCUACCGCGAUGUAUGGAAGCUGGUGUGCUGGAACAUGGCGCAGGAGUCCAAGUUCAACUUGUAUGAGAAGGCCAUCUACGCUGUGUUGAGCGGGAACCUGAAGUCUGUACUGCCAGUAUGCCGGACGUGGUACGACUAUCUGUGGGCGUACUUCAAGGUCAUGGUUGAUGUGAAGGUGGAGCAGGAGCUGCGUCUCAACAGCCAGGCCGACAGGCUGCAGGAGGACAUGCCCAAUGAGUACUGGGAAAAACUGAUGGAACCAAGUCAAGUGUUUCAAGAUAUCGAAGCAAGUUUUGAUGAGUUGGUGAGGUCUGAGUCCCAGAGGUGGUUCCACGUCAUACAGAAGUACAUCAUCCUGGGGGAUGUGGAUGCUCUCAUAGAGGUGAUGUACAGCUGGGUGAAGCGAGAUCGCCACAAGCUUCCUCCACAUCUCAUAAGGUUCAUGGCUCACCUGGUUCUGUUUCUGCGGGCUAUUGGACACAGCACAAAGGAGGAGCUAUGCACCACCAUCCUAGAAACGUACGUGGAGGACCUCAUCAACAACAGACACAAACAUCAGGUGGCGCACUACGUCUCGACUCUCCCCAAGGAGUCCCAGGUCAUCUGGUACGCCAAGUUUCUGGAAGGUAUUGACAACAAGGAGGAGAGACAGCAUUGUCUCCAGCUGGCAGAGGAGGAGGGCCUCAACAUCCCCCUCAUCACCAAGACCGUUGUCGAGAACAUCCGUCAUCGGGACUCGGGAGAGGUCAAGGUCAAAGCUGACAUGGCUGUCGAAACUGCAGUGUCAGAGGACGACCGCAAGAAGAUCGAGGCAAUAGACUGGCUGGUGUUUGACCAGUCACAGCGGUCCGAGGCUGUGAAACAGGCCAACGCUGUCAUGAGGUCAUUCAUUGCUGUGAAGAAGCAUGCAGCUGCAAGAGAGGUGUUUGACAAGCUGCCCGCUGACUCGGUAGACGUCAUCUAUAGAAUCUGGCUUUCAAAGACAGGUUCCACAUCCUUGCCAGCAUCAGAGGAGAACGCCAUCCGAGAGUACAUGUGUAUCAAGGCCUACCUGGAUGCCAUUGAGAGUUUCAAUGACUGGUUCUCACUCUGUCAUCACGGCAAGCCAGCCAGACCCGAUCUGUCGGUGGGCGCCAGCUUCACAGACCGUGUGGCCUACGAACAUCGCAUGAAGCAGUAUCAGAUGGAGGUGGACAGAUGGAAGCACACGCUCCUGAUGCAGACCAAGACAACCAAGGACCAUAUAUACAAUGUACUGCUGUUCACUGAUGGAGGCUGGAUGGUGGAUCAGAGGGAGGAGGAGAACGUUGAUGAGUCCCGCCACCACCAGAUGGGGUUGCUACGACAGCUCCACCUACCAUCACUGUGCCUGAACUUGCACUAUGUACUACACACAAGUGAACUGUAUGCCGAGUGCCUCCAGCUGGCUGACUAUGUGUCAGCAGAACGGUAUCAGUUGUACAAGGAAUUCAACAAGGAUGAUUUGCAACGCCUGCUGCGCCACAUACGUGACUCUUCCCUGGCGCUCCUAGACCAGAACAAGGAUCCCCUAGGUUACCAGCUGGUGUAGGGGAGAUCACUCUAGACAGGAAGCAUGGUUUCAUGGGAAAUGUGUGCGAGCACUGCAUCAGACUAGUGCUGUGUGUGUGAGAUGGGUAAUGCAUGGAAGCACCAGUAUAAUCGGUGAAUUACGUUGGAUCAAUCAUGGAUACGAGAAGUGUGACUGAAUAAUCACAGUAAACAUGAUGGAAGUAUGAUGGAGAUGGCCAUGCUGUGAGGUUUGAAUACUUGAACAGAGUGUUGAUGUGGUCAAGUAUGUUUUAAGUGCCCAGGAGUCCAAAUCUUACUUGACCUUACACAAUGAGUUACAUCAUCAGUGUCAUCAGAUACACGUCAUCAGCUUCUCCAGCAAUCGUACCUCUCAAAAUAAAGGGCAAGCGGAAUCAGUAGGAGUCGGAAAUGGGUCAGUUGUUCAGUGGUUGUUAUUGGUUGCUAGCUACCUUGGCUGACCUGUAGAAGCAACAGAAUGUGGUCAGACUGGUGUGUUUGAUUGGGUGUAUUGUGUCAUAAUGUCAGUCACUGGAGUGUCUGGUCCAAUCAGCUACAGGCUGGAGUCAUAUAACUGGAGAAACCACAAAUAAACGUCCUGCUGCAGUGUGGCUAUCUGAGCCCCGACAAGAUCAGUAGUUUGUAGAUAAUGUCUUUCUACAGACGAGAAAGGAAUCAGUAACUUUUCACAAAGAAGACUUUGUAAGACCAAUACAAAAUAAGAAGAAUUAACUACCUCCAGUCCCCCUCACCAUAUUGUUUGUUCCUUCAUCAUCAGUGUGUGUGGCUAGCUAACAGCUGGCCCAGCAGGGACAUACAUUUGGGUCAAGUGACUGUGUGCUGUUCCGUAGAUGCAUCACUUAACCUAUAAAUCAUAUUUGAUAUGUAUCAUGAUUGCUUCAUCCAUCAUGCUUCAUACUUUGUACAAAUUAUAUUAAAAUAAAUUGUGUAAAUAUGA